CCACGUGCGACGGCCACGAAGCGGUUGACCUCCCGCGGAAAACUCAUUGCCGCUGCGAUGGCCACGGUCUCUGCUCGGCUUGUGGCGACAUCUUUGCUGGUGACGGCACUGAUAACCGCUGAUCCACCUGCGCCAUCGUCUGCGGUCGUGGCCGAGCCCGCAGAGCUGCCAGCUUCAAUCGAUGGAUCGACAUCCGUUGACGACGCCAACGACUUGAACGGCGUUUGCCGCACAUUCCACACGAGUGGUAGCUGGUGGCGGUACGAGUGGUGCCACGAGGGUCACGUGCGGCAGUACUCUGUCGAUGCCACCACUGGCGACGAAGCCGACGUGAUUUUGCUCGGCACAUUCGACGCGACACAUAGCAGCAACCUCCACAACAACCGUGCCCCGGACAACCAUCGUGCGUACUUGUCGCAUGUCUUUCUCCAUGGUGAUAUGUGUGCGUCUGCGCAAGUUGCGCGGCAUCGCAGCACCCAAGUCCGAUUCACGUGCUGCGUGUUUCGGCCGCAGGAAACGUACAUUGAGUCGGUGGCCGAGCCGCGGCUGUGCGACUACCUCGUCACGGUGUGUACUCCCACCGCAUGCAGGACGUCGCCACCACCUCCAUCGAACAUGACGCUCAAGACGAAGGAAGAGCUGGCGGCAACCGUCAAGAGAAUGUUUUACCACGCGUACGACAGCUACAUGACGCAUGCAUUUCCACUCGACAACCUCAAGCCGAUCAGCUGCAAGGGGGAAAACUUUGAGCUGGGCAAGAUUCCUAUGCUGACGCUCAUCGACACCCUCGACACGCUCGUGGUGUUUGGAGACAAGGACGAGUUCCGCCGCGCCGUUGCGCUCGUGACGUCGCACGCCACGUUCGACCUGGACGCCGAAGUUUCGGUCUUUGAAACCACGAUUCGAGUGCUGGGAGGGUUGCUGUCCGCGCAUCUCUUUGCGAUCGAUCCCGCGCUCGACGUGUACUCGAACGCGUCGUAUUCCGGCGGGCUUCUCGACCUGGCCGUCGACUUGGCCGACCGCCUCUUGCCCGCCUUCCUCACCAAGACGGGCAUUCCAUACGGCACGGUCAACUUGCGUCGCGGCGUUCCCAAAGGGGAAACCACGAUCGCGUCCACGGCCGGGGCAGGGUCGCUCUCGAUCGAGUUUACCAUGCUGAGCGUCUUGACCAAGAAUCCGAUCUACGCCAAGGCGGCGCGCCAUGCCGUGCGCGGACUCUUUUUCCGGCGGUCCGCGCUCGGCCUCGUCGGCAAACACAUUGACACGAAAACAGGCGAAUGGACGGAAUCGACGAGCGGCCCAGGGUCCAACUCGGACAGCUUCUACGAGUACCUGCUCAAGAUGUACGUCCUGUUUGGCGACAUGGAGGCGUACAACAUGUUCCAGCCCGUGUACUCGUCCGUGAUGGAGCACAACAAGCACGGUGACUGGUACACGGACGUGUCGAUGUGGGAUGGCUGCGUCAACGCCGCGUACGGCGCGUUUGUGUUUGAGAAUCUGGUCGCGUUUUGGCCUGGGAUGCAGUCGCUUCUCGGCGACUUUACCUCGAGCACGCGGUCGUUGAAUGCUUUUUACCAAGUGUGGCAAAAGUAUUCGUUCUUGCCCGAGCAGUUUGAUGUGGGGCGGUGGCGGCCGAAAAAGCCGACGCUCAAUGGGUACCCGUUGCGGCCCGAGCUGCUCGAGUCGACGUUUUACGUGCAUGUUGCGACCAACGAUCCGUCGUGGCUCACGGCGGGCGCGCUCGCUGUACAGUCGCUCGAGCGAUACGCCAAGACAACGUGCGGGUAUGCGUCGAUCGCGGACGUCGAGAGCCGGGCGCAGGACGACACGAUGCCGUCCUUCUUUCUCUCGGAAACUUGCAAGUACUUGUACCUGCUCUUCGACGACACCAACUUUCUACGGACGGCCAACUACGUGUUUACAACCGAGGCGCAUCCGUUCCCGGUGCUGCCCCCGGCCCUGGUCGACCCGAUCCUUCGCGCGUCCGAUGAACAAACCUACGUUAUCCCGCACACGAUGCCCGCAACGCCGCCGACGUGUCCCGUGCUCGAGUUCUGGCGCGAUUUUGGGUUCCACCGAGGGUUCUUUGACGACGCGUUUGAGAAGACUCGGCCGCGAUGUCAACCACCGUCCACCAAGAACAAAUCCACGGCGCCGUCGGCGACUCGUGGCAAGGACGACGGCAUGGCCACGACGUCGUCGCUGUAUGGCGGCAAGUUGCUGGGCUCGUUUCAAGUCGAGCAGCUCGUCAGUGGCUUCCGCGUAACCCGGACGAGCCACCCCAACGAAUGGAUCAAAGUCACCAACUUGGGCGAUCCUCAAAUCGUCGUCGAGUCCGAGCAACAUGCCGCGAUGACGUCGUCGCCGCCGCUCACGGAAUUCCGCGUAUAUGACUUUGCCACGCACGCGAUGCGUCGAUGUCGACUUGUGCUCGCGCGGGGUGCGACCAUCAGUUGCUCCGCGGCGCAGUUUGGCCUCACGAGGGAUGCCGCUGUCACGGUGUCGAUUCAAAACGCGCCGCUCAAGUAUGGCUCGCCGGAACAGGGAUGCUCUGCGCUCCAGUCGACGCCUCACCGGGUCGUCGUGGUGCAUCGAGGCGAGUGCUACUUUGAAGAGAAAGCCAGGCACGCCAUGCAUGCCGGCGCGGCGGCCGCGGUCGUGGUGAAUGCUUUGGACAAGGGCGGCGGGCUCAUGAUCAUGGGCCCGUCAAAAGACAGCACGACACAGACCGACAUGGACAUCCCGGUCGUGAUGGUACCGUUCGGCGCGGAUGCGAUGCUGCGCGAGGCCGAAGCCAACCACGAGCCGAUUUCGUUGGAGGUGGGCAUCGUCACGGACGCGCAACAUCUCCGAGUGAGUGGCAGUCGCUUCGACAUGGCCAUUGCCGGGGCGGACGGGUGGGGAAUCAAGCUUGUGGCAAAGAGAAAGCCACGUGACGACAACAACGAUGCGCUGGUGUGGACCAUUUCGAUCACCGACGCCGCGGCCGGCGGGACGGUUGAGAGCGCGCGGCACGACGCCGAUCCAGCCAGCCUAACGCACGACGACGUGGACGAAUAUCACAUGAAACUCAAGCUGCUCGGCUUCACGGACGACCAGUUGGCUCAUAUGGGCAGCGACGACCCGGAAGCGCGACUCGAUGCACUCGUCAAAGGGCUGCGCGCCCUCGGCCUCGAGGAUGUUGCGACCGUGCUGCUCGAUGAAAGCAGCAGCACGAAAGAAAUUGACCACAUCACCGCUCUGUCCACUGGGGUCCCUGCAACCACCGACCCAACCACGCCGUCUACCGCAAUGUCCGACAGGCCAGACGAGGCCGCUGGCGAUCUCUUCGCAUCACCGAAGCUUGACCUGGCUCCAGAAGUGCUCGGACCCGCGCCGUCGACGCGCGACGAUCCUCUCGAGCUGCCGUACGACCCACGAAACCCCGACACCCCCGCCGAGUUGCCCGACGGCAGCCCAACAACCCCCUCCUUUGAAAGGGUCGCGCCGCUUCCUGUUGCAGUGGACCGCGAUGAACGCGCCGACAAAACAUGCGCCGCCAAACGAGACUCGUCAUAUUGUAAUCUAACUUGAUCGGGGGCGAGCACGGAGCUGCUGUGUGUGUGCCGCCUACGACAAGUACAUUGCUUG